AUGAAAUUAAACGAUCAAAAAAGCAACAGUCAAUUAACCAUCUUUCCCUAAGCUUACAAUACAAAUAUGACUGCAGCAUAAAAAUACUUAUCAAGAGAGUCAAGUGUAAUAAAAAAUGAUAAAUCAAUUUUAAAAUCUCCAUCAUCUAACUAAUUAUAUUGUGCAUCAAAUAGAGGGAGUGACAAGAAAGUGAGAAUUUAGGAAUCUGCAUCUAAAGGUUCAAUAUAAUUGAAGAAUACAACUUAAUUUGGUCGAACAUCAACCGAAUUAAUUUAAGUUCCUCCUAUGAGAAGUCUUAACAGAGAGGAUAGAGAAAAACUGAUAGCUACUCUAAUUUAAUAGGUUAAAUAGUAGAAUUAAUUAAUUAUAUAAUUGGAAGAUAAAGCAUAGUAAUAGGAGGAACAAUUAGAUGAGUUAAAUCUUUAUAAUGAGAAAUAUGAAUAAAAAGAGAAAUGUUAUGGAGAGAUAAUUUAAAAUAAAAAUAAAAUAAAUUAAAGAAGUAAAAUAAUUAAAGAUAUUCAUUAGUUUAAUAGAUAGCAGAUCUCAGAGAAUUGGAUUAUAAAUAAACAAAUGAUCAUUUAGAACUUUUGAAUUAAAUAUAUGAAGAUGAGGUUGAUAUGGAUAUGGCAAUUAAAUGGAGAAAUGCUAGAUUGAAAUUUAAUUUUUUGGAUGCUUUAUCUAAAUCUGCAAAAUAUUCUAAAAAGUUAAAUCAUAUUCUUUUUAGAAAAUAGAAUCAAUAAUUGAAAGAAUGUUUUAAGGGAUGGAAAUGUUAUAUUCAAAAUAGAGCUUUAUUGAUUUAAUUUAAUGAAGUUAAAAAGUUAAGGAUUUAAAUUAAUUUCUGGAUGAAAUGGAAACAAUAAGUGGAAGAUAAAAAAUAAUAUUAAAAGAAUCUAAAAAUAUCAAUUCAGUUUAAUCAUUAAAAUUUAUUAAAAAAAUGCUUUGAAAAAUUGAAAUAGAAUUAUCUUAAAUAUAAUUUUAAUCUAUAAGAUUUUUAAUAAAUUACUUAAUCUGCUAUAAAUGAAUUUAAUAGAAUCAAAAUGUUUAAAGUAAAAAUCUAAUAUUAUUAUAGGUUUUUAGUUAAUGGACUCUCUGGAUUAAAAAGUAGAAUUAGAAAUAGUAAAUUAUUUAUUAACAUAUAAAUAAUGGUCGAAUUAAAAUAAUGAAAGGAUUAAUAAAAUUUUUGAAAUAGAAUUGUGAUUUUCAUAAGGAAAGAGCUAAUAAAAUAGUAAAAUAAAGAGUGUAGGGGAAGUUAAAGAAAUGGUUUAAUUAAUUUAAAUAAAAUUGGAAAUAAAAUAAAUAUAGAGAGAAUCAAAUAAAAUUAAAUAGAAAUUUCUUUAUAAAAUAAAGACAAUUUAAAUAAUGGAUAAGAGAAUAUUAAAUUUUCUUUAGAUUAAAUCAUAUAAGUAUUAAAGUUAUGAAGAAGAGAGAAACUUAAUUCUUAUAAAGAUGUAAUAUAAUAAAUUUUAUUAUAGUAUUCGAUUCUAUGAAAAAUAAUGCAUAUUGUAGAAAAAUGAAGAGAUAAAAUGAAAUAUUGUUAAAUAAGAAAUAUGACAAUAGAGUUAUGAAUUGGGCAUUUAUGAAUUGGUUAAGCAAUCUCUUAAAGAAGAAGAAUUUAUUGGUAAAGGAGUAGAAUGUAGUCAUUUUGAAACAAAAGGACAUAGAUUAUUAAUAAUAAAAUGAUGUAUAGAACUUAAAAUAAAUGUACGAUAGUGUCUAAUAGUAAUUGGGAAAUUAAGAAGAGCAAAUUAAUAAUUAUAAAAUAUUGAUAUCUAAUCAAAAAGAAGUAGAACAUGAAUUAUAGAUACAAUAGUAAUAGAUAAAUAAAUAAUUAGUGAUUAUUUGAAAUAAGAAUUAAUGACAACAAAGGAUCAAUUGAUACAUUAUUAGAUUGAAGGAGAUGAAAUAAGGAUUUUGAAAGAAUAGUAUACAUUAGCAUAAUAAUAAUUGAAAGAGUUAAGGAUGUAAUAAAGAUGUAAUAUUCAAAUCUCAUAUAAUUAAGUGGGAUCUCCAAUUAGAAAUUUAUAGAGUAGCGGAAUUAAUGUAGAUUAAGAUCAAUUAAGAAAAUAAGUGGAGAUAAGUUCUACAUUACUGAAUGAUUAGAAAUAAGAGUACAAUUAAUUAUAGAUGGAAUAUUCAAAAGUAGUUGGAGAUUAUGAGAAGAAAAUUAAAGACAUAGAAAAAUAUUUUGUGGAUUUAUGUGACAAAUAAAAAUUAUAGAUAGAGAGAUGUAAUUAAACCAACAUAUGGUAGUGUUGAAGGAGAAUCAAACUAUUAAAAUAGAGAAUCAGUAGAAUGUUGUUUCUAGAAAUAAAUUAAUGGAUGAAUUAAAUAUGAUACAUGAGUCUUUUAGAGAAGAGAUCCCAUAAUAAUAAAAUCGUACAAAUUUUUAGACUCAAGAUUCUUACGAAUAAUAAUAAUAAUUUGUUCAAAAUAGAAGAUUAAAGUCACAUUUAUAUAGUCAGACAUCACCAAUCUCUGAAAAUUAAUAUUCUCAAAAUUCUCCAUAAAAAAAAGUAUAGAUUGAAGAUAGGUAUGUAUAAUAUAGUAUGAUUAUCAAGAAGGAUAAAAGAAGAAGCAUAUCAUUUAAGAGAAGACAUAAAAAGACGAUUGGCUUCUUUAAAGACACAGAUGGAUUGUUAAGUAUGAAUUUUUUAUAAUAUUUUUAAUCUAUGAAUAAAUACUAACUAUUGAAAAAUCAUAUUCAAUAAUUGAUAUAGAAUACUUAAAAGACAAAUAUAUUAUUUGUGAGACAUGGUUAAACAAAUUAGAAUUUAAGUAACACCAUAUGUGGUUGGACAGAUAGUAGAUUAACAAUAAGAGGUAUAAAUAAUAUUCUAGUAUAUUGAGGAAGAGAAUAAGCUAAUCAAUUAUUAUAAGCAUUAUUACCAUUUCGUGAUUAAUUUAAAGGAGUAUAUUCAUCAGAUUUGAGAAGAGCAAAAGAAACAGCAUAAAUAAGUUUAGGAUUUCCUCAUGAUAGUUUAAUAAUUGAAGAUUCAAGUUUAAGGUUUAUAUAUAACAUUACACAAGAGAACUCAAUUUUGGGAAACAUGAGAAUAUUGCAUACUCAAUUUUAGAUUAAGAAACAAAAGAUGUUAUAUUUACAUUGUAAUACCAAGCUCCAGAAGGUGAAUCUUGGUAAUAAGCUUAAGAAAGGGCAAUGAAAUUAAUAAUAGAGAAAUGCAAUUAGAAUGGGACAUAUUUGAUGUUUUCACAUGGAGUAAAAAUAAACAUUAUAAUUAUAAGGGAUUGAUUUGUAGUAUAACAUAUUAUUUGGGUUUGUAGGAUUCUAUUGGUAAUUGUAGUUGUGUAGGUUUGGAAUAUGAUAAAGAGAAAAAAGAGAUGAAAUAAAUAUUAUUUAAAUGGGAGAUGCCAUAAGAAGAGAGUGAAAUAGAAAUAUGA